CGCCCACAAUGCUCCUCGCCACAACAACAGCGUCGCGCUCUCUGCUGUCAUCAGCCCCCGCUUCAUCUUCCCGCCUCGCCCUGCGCACAUUCAGCAGCACUCCCACCCCUCUAGCAGGCUUCUUCCAACGACCAGCCCAAGUCCCCACUCUUCGCGAUACCCAGACCACCCCCGACACCACAAGCAAGGACACGUCCAAGGUUGCCUACCCUCAUACCGUCCCAGGCUACCCGGCCGAGCAGUCCCCCAACUAUCCCGCUACAUGGAGCAAGACGCAGCAGCCUCGCGAUGAGGCGUGGAAGGGGCCGAGGUUCGAGCAGAUGAACGCCGAGAUGCAGCCUAUGCCGCUGAGUGCUAUGGCGAUGAUUGCCAAGGAGCCCAUCAGGCUAGUACAGGGGAGGAAGGCCAUGUGUGAUGGUGGCAAAGGAGCUUUGGGCCACCCGCGCGUAUUCAUCAACCUGGACAAGGCAGGGCCCAAGGCUUGCCCGUGGUGCGGUCUGCGAUACGAGCAGGAUCACGGAGAUCAUCACUGAGAGCGUGUGCAUAGAUGGCGAGAAGAGAAUGGGAGCCGGCAAUGUCAGGCCUGAUCAUGUACAUGAGCCAGAAGAAGUACCGCUCAUCGCAAUCUCAAUCGACCGGGAUAUCAUUUCGAGAAGUGUGCGCGGCAUUGCAGCGCCUUCCCCGUUCCCGUCCACGCUCUUCCCCUUCCAGCCUUCCACAGGCUCAAUCAAUGCCUUGCGUCUCUCCUCU